UCUCCGCCACACAUCAUCUUCCUUCUCAAAUCCUCACCGCGCCGCCGUUCAGCCCAGCUCCUCGCCGUGGUUAGUGUUUUCGCCACCGCAAUUUAAUUUCCACUAUUAUUGCAUUCAUUUUCAUCAUUCAAGGGGUAUCAAAAGAUUGAGGGAUAAGAAAACACGAUUGGCGACAGGACAGAUCAUCUAGUUCUUCUAAUGGGAUGGAGAUCAUUCUCUUACAAUAGCCUUUUUUCGUCUCUUAUAAGCAGGGUUGCAAAACCACAUUGGCUACCACUCUCACAAAGGUCAAAGGUACUUUAUGAUUCAGGUCCAGUUGUACUGCAAAAUUGUUGUAAUAAUGCAUCUCUGCUGAAUUUUCAAGCAUCGAGAUUGUAUGCUCGUGGUGCCCGCAAGCCCUAUGAUCUCUUUGGAAGUAGAAGACCAGGGGAUGAAGACUUCAAGAAAACCUGGGCAAAAGAGAUGGAUGAAGAUAACACUCUAUGGACAGGAAGUGAGGAUGAAAGCGAUGACGACAAGAAUCCAAAAAGCCGUCUUCAUAAAGAUAUUAGAAAAGCAAGACAGCAAGCUAAGGAACAUGCUGACCUAAUUGAUGCUGAUGACAGUGAUGAGUUAAGAAGUGUUUGGUCCGGCAGUGACGACGAAAAAACACUUUGGACCGGCGACGAAAUGGACAGUGAUGACGAUGUUCCAACAGAAGCUUACCCAAAUGAAAAAAGUGAUAAGUACAUAGAUAAGAUUUUCGAAUUCGAUGAAAUGCCAAAAUACAGAACCAUCUCCGAGCUUUUGAAAUCCGAACAAGAACCCGAGGAGUUGUCACCAGGAAAACAGGCUAGGAAAAUCGCGGUUGAGAAUGCUUUGAAGAAAUUAAAGAAAGGUCCAGAUGGAAGGUAUACCAAUACAUGGGAAGUUAUGAGUGAUUUAGAUAUUCUAAUUGGAGCAUUUGAAAACGUUGUUUCGGGACCGGAGUAUGAAGAGCUUAGACAAGGAGGACCAAAACAGUUAAAUAUUCAGUUUUUUAAGGAUAUACAAGCAAGAAUGAGAGAUCCAAAUUACAAAUUCUCACCUGAGUUAAAAUUGAAACCUAAGAGUAAACUUGUUUCUAGAAAGAAAUUUCAAAAGACAGAGUCUAGAAGAAGGAAAGCUCGAAAGAGAUAAAGUUAUAGUUUUUGUCUCAAAAUGCAAUGAGAAGUUGAGCUUGUAAUGUUACUGUGCCUUUGUACUGUUUAUUCAAGUUAAUGGAUGAGAUGUGAGUAA